AUGGCGGCGGUUCGACCGUUCUUUUUCGCGGCCAAAACCUCGAAAGAAACAAUACCAUGGGGGGACGAGCUGCCACGAGAAAAUAAACGGAGACGCUGGGAUGAGCCGGAAUUGAAGCGCUUUGAGAAUUGGAAGAAUGACAUCCUGAGGCUAUACGUGCAUAUGGCGCUGGGCCACUCUCUUGAGACGCCCGAGAGGCUGGAUUGGGUUAUGGACCGUCAAUCCAUCGAACAUACAAUCGAAAAUUGGGCAUCAUGGCCUAUCCAGAAGAGGACCGAGCCGGAAAGUUGGCAUACGCUCAUGUUUUCUGCUUUGUGGUCUUGUCCUGACCGAGCGCUGUCUGUCCUUGAGGUUACCACUGAGGACUUUAUACCACCUGGCUAUGCUCUCCAGGACGCUAUCCACUUCCUCGCCAAAUGGCAAUAUCAGGAGCUAGCUGACGAGAAGCUUGCAUCUCACGCCGAGGCUCUGUGCAAGUUUCUUAUCACGAUUAUCAACAAGACGCCUCAAAAUCAUGUUCGUCUACGGCAAAACACCAUAUACAACCUAACGAAAACCACCAGCAUCGAAACUGUCGAGGCUCUCUAUCACUGUCUGAAGGGGUAUGGUCACGAUCUACAUCGCCAUACGCUAUUUUGCAUGGCCAAGCGACUUGCGAGUACGCAGCAAAGCAAGAAGCUUGCUUUGCAGAUGUGCAUCGUAGCCGUUGAGGAAGGAGGCGCCGAUCUCAGUUCAAGCCAGUGGAUAAGCCUCUGCACCGUCAUUCUUGCUCUUGAUCCCGGGCAAAUUAAAGCAAGCGACGAAUUCUCCGCUGCGGACGCAUUCAGCACCCUCAUGGAGCAUGGCUUCGUCCCCAAUAUGAUUAGCUACACAGCCUUAAUCAGGUCAUUGUGCUUGACGGGUCAGCACGAGAAGGCUUGGGAGGUGUUCCAGGUCAUGAAACAGCACGAUAUCAAGCCGGAUACCAUCCUGUGGGCGACCCUGCUCGAUGGAGCCAAGAGGGCUCUUUCGGCGUCUACCAUCGAAACCAUUGUAGCGGGCGCUGCCGAGCACAACGCAAUCGACGUGGAUUUCAUUAACGACUUGCUGUUCUCUCUCUUUCACUUCUCCGAUGCAGAGGCUAGGGAGAACAAAAAGGCUAGUCCCCGCUCUAUCCCAGCCUUCAGGCCAAUGCUGCACUUCUACUCCAAAAUCUUCCACCUUGCACCUCUGCAGUCUCUUAUCCCGGUCAACCUCUCCCAUUACCUCAAUUCCUCUCGGGGCUUAGAGAUGCCAUCGGACUGGCAACUGGCCCGGCAGUUGUUUCCUGCGCUAGACGCGGCCGUGUCUGCAGUCCCGCACAAGCUGAGCCCGACGGGCCCUACAUUGGGCAUCAUGUUCAGAGCCUAUGUGAAGAGCCUCUCACAGCCGAUCAACCUGAUAUCGCUCUACGCCUACUUCAGACAGCUCAUGUCCGAGGGCGACCCUGUAGCGACGGGUUUUGUCCGAGAGAAAGGUACUUUCGUGUACGACGUCAUCAUCAAGGCGCUGUGUGAGUCUCCGGGCAUGCUCCGCGCGGCCCUGGAUAUCAUUGGCGACAUGCUGAAGCACACACUCGAGACGCGAAGCAAGCCCUUCAGCGCUUCGAAGGAUCCAACGGUCGAGGCCGCUGCCGCUGCACCGUUGUCGCCAUCGCUACCGCUUCACCCGCCCCCGAGCAUCUUCACCUGGAGCAUACUCCUGCACGGGCUUAUGUCUCACAAGGAGCAGGCCUCAGCGGAGCGCAUCCUUGCCAUGAUGCGUCAGCACGGCGUGCAGCCGAACCUCGUUACGUGGAACACCUUGGUCGGAGGCCAUGCCAAGUGGCAGGACGUCGGCCGGACGGUGCAUUCACUGCAGCGGCUCGAGUCGGCCGGGUACGAGGCAGAUGACUGCACUCUGAAAGCGUUCGCAAAGUUGGUGAAUAGGGAGGCUGCUUUGAGGAUGAUGGAGGAGAGCAUCGAUAAGAAGAAGAGGAACGAGGCGAUCACAACAAGGCUUCUGCUUGAUGCCGACACCGGGCUGCAACUAUAA